AUGGAUAAGAUAAUGUUAUUUGUAGUUUUUAACGGAAGAUGGAAUGCAAACAACAAAUACAUUGAUCAUGAAGUGAAAAUAUUGAUGGUGGAAAAAGAUAUCAAGUAUGAGGAAUUGGUAAACAAGAUAUACAAAGAGCUCAGAUUGAAUGAAAGAUUGAUUUCAACAAACUUGAUUUUUGAUGCAAAUAUGGAUACAAGCAAAGGAAUGAAGAUAGAAAGUGAUGAGAAUUUACAAGUUUAUCUAAACUUGAACAAGACUGUGGAAGAGUUGAAAAAAUGUCCUCUCAUCGUUGAAGUAGAACAGAGAAAUCAAACCAUUUCUUUGCCAAGAGAAGCUAGCAUUCCAUCUGCUUUAGCAAGCAAUGCAACAAGUCAAAGUUUGACUCUCACAGACCCCAAUACAAAUACUGCAAGCACUAGCAAAAUGAAGAGCGCCUCAACACAAGAAUCCAACAAAUUUACAGAACACGGGCAAGAAGCUCAAUCACCUCUCCAUGUGUUGCCGAAUAUGGAGAUUGAAGACAUAAGACUCAAUUAUGUUUUCAAGAAUAAGACUGAUCUAAAACAUACACUUGCGAAAAUAGCCAUCAAGAAACACUUUCAGUACAGAAUUCAAAAAUCAUGUUCAGAAGCAUUUUGGGCAAAAUGCAUAGAUGAGAAUUGUGGCUGUUACUUCAAAGAGAAGUUUCGUGACCCAGGAUCAACCUAUCGACCAAGGCAAAUAAUAAGAGACAUGAGAGAUGAACAUGGGGUAGGUGUAACAUACAAUAAAGCUUGGAGAGCAAAAACACUUGCAGCUGAUGAUGUUAGAGGGUCAAAUGAGGAAAGUUAUGCAUUGUUGCCUUCAUAUUUGUAUAUGCUACAGUUGGCCAACCCAGGAACUAUCACACGAGUAUGUAAAGAUGAAGAAAACAGGUUUAAAUACAUGUUUAUUGCUUUUGGGGCUUCAUUAGAUGGAUGGAAGCAAUGUAGACCAGUUAUAGUGGUAGAUGGAACAUUUUUAAAGACGAAAUGUGGAGGUACACUGUAUGCAGCUUGUGUUAAAGAUGGAAACAAUCAAAUUUUUCCUCUCGCCUUUGGAAUUGGGGAUUCAGAAAAUGACAAUGCAUGGAUAUGGUUCUUUACAAGACUAAAAGAAGCAAUAGGAGAACGAGAAAACUUAUGCAUAGUAUCUGACAGGCAUAAAAGCAUAAAAAAUGCAGUUGAACACGUGUAUCCUGGUGUAUAUCAUGGAGUUUGUCUUUAUCAUUUGAAGCAAAAUCUAAGGACUAAGUUUAGGGGAUUACAUGUGCAUGCCAUAUUUGAAACUGCUUCAAGAGCGUACUCAGCUCAAGAAUAUUAUUCUGCCAUGGCUGAAUUACAGAAAAUUAGCCCUGAAAUGACUACUUAUCUUUUGGAAGCAAAACCAGAAAAAUGGGCUCGGCCAUUCUUUCCAACGAAGAGGUAUAACAUUCUUACAAGUAACAUUGCCGAAUCUAUAAAUGCAGCAAUUGUGCAUGCGAGAGAAUUGCCUAUAACGUCGUUAAUAGAAGCUAUAAGAGAGAUGCUUCAAAGAUGGUUUUCAACAAGAAAAGAAGCAGCAAUUAACCAAUUUGUUGAGGUGACAAAAUGGGCAAAUGAUGAAAUGGAAAUCAAACUUGAUGUGGCAUUUCGAAUGAAGGUAGAUGCAAUUGAUGCAAUGAAAUCUAGUGCCACAUAUGGUGAUCGAGUGUUUGUUGUCGACUUGGAACAACAUAUGUGCACAUGUAAUGAAUUUCAACUAGAGGGAAUUCCAUGUGCACAUGCUAUUGCAACAAUUGAAAGCAAGUACUUGGACAAGUACAAAUUUUGCUCAAAUUGGUAUAAAAAUUCUGUUUUGAAAGAGACAUAUGCAGGAUCAAUUAAUCCUCUUCCAGAUAAAGAUGAUUGGAGUGUCCCAGAUGAAAUUAUAGGAGAUAGCAUGAAAGCUCCAAAAUUCAAAUCUAAAGACUAUAAAGAUGCAAUGUUAUACAUAUUUGUUGCGUUGUGGACUUGUGGAUAA